AUGGACGUUGUCGGAUAUGAUUUACUACUUACCAUUUGCAGAACCAGCCAAACUUACCUGGUCACCCGCUCUUAUAAGAGCAUUGAAGGAAGAGCGGUCAGCUACGUGGUGUUCAAGGCGGAACAGCGUACAUCAUGUCCGAUGUCAUACAUGCAGGCCAAGUGGAGCUAUGUAGGAGCUCAGUGCAAUGUGGAUGGUGGUUAA